UUUCCUUAUUACUACAGGCCCGUUGCCAAACAGGAUGAUCCAGGGUUGUCCUUUUUGCCUGGAGAGCAUAAAUACCACUGGGGAGCUCUGUGAGACUGCAGUUGGUACGAGCUGCUGAGCUGAGACCUUGCACAUCUCGCACCUCCUGAGGCUGAUUUCAUCCUUUUCCCCCCCUCCUCCUAGCUUAAAUACUUCAGAUACAUAACUGAUUUUCCAGGCUUGGAGGAGCUACAAUUUCCUUGGGACUUGGAAGUAAUCAGCAAGACCUGUGCUGAACCACAGAAGUUCCUGCGAGAAAACCUACCACCAUCUCCAUCUUCAUAGAGGAGGAGACAUGAAUCCUGCUCUUCAUUGGAUCCUUCGUCUGGGAUGCGUGCUGCUCCUGACAAAGGCAGCCAAAUGCUUUAUCCUGCCGAACUCAAGUCACCUGGAGAGCAUUCUGAGUAAAUAUCAAGAUGGAGAAAUUAACUCGAGAUCCAAGAGAGCCAUUUUAUUCUCAGACAGACAGGAGAUACUGAUGCUCCACAAUAAGCUGAGAGGACAGGUGUACCCAGUGGCUUCUAAUAUGGAAUACAUGACUUGGGAUGAUGAACUGGAAAGAUCAGCCCACGCUUGGGCUCAGCAGUGCAUCUGGGACCAUGGGCCUAGUGCCCUCAUCAGGUCAAUUGGACAGAACUUGGCGGUCCACUGGGGCAGGUACAGGUCUCCAGCUUUCCAUGUCCAGUCUUGGUAUGAUGAAGUUAAAGAUUACACAUACCCUUACCCUCACGAGUGCAACCCGUGGUGCCCAGACAAAUGUACUGGUGCUAUGUGCACGCAUUACACCCAGAUAGUCUGGGCCACGACGAACAAGAUUGGCUGUGCUGUGAAUGUCUGCAAGCAGAUGAAUGUCUGGGGAGAAAUAUGGGAGAACGCCGUCUACCUGGUCUGCAACUACUCGCCGAAGGGCAACUGGAUCGGAGAAGCCCCAUACAAGACUGGCCGCCCCUGCUCUGAGUGCCCACCGAGCUAUGGAGGAGGCUGCCAGAACAACCUCUGCUACAAAGAUUACCGUUACGAAGAUCCCAUCGUCACCGAGACAGAUGAGACGAAUGAAGUGGAGAUUUCACAGGUUGCAGAGCAGAAGCCGGUGCGGUUCAACCUUCCGGAAAGCAAGGCCAACAAACCCACCAAGCCCAAGAAAGUCAUCCCAGAGUCCUACAUGACACAAGUCAUAACAUGUGAAACCAAGAUGAGAGACAAAUGCAGAGGUUCAACAUGCAACAGGUAUUUGUGCCCAGCUGGCUGCUUGUACAGUAAGGGAAAGAUCUUUGGAACAUUUUAUUAUGAAAGUUCAUCAAGCAUCUGUCGUGCUGCAAUUCAUUAUGGCACCCUGGAUAAUAAAGGAGGACUGGUUGAUAUCACGAGGAAGGGGAGGACACCGGCUUUUGUGAAGUCUACCCGGAAUGGCGUGGAGUCAUUUAGGAAAAGCAAGCCUUCGAAUGCAUUCAUGGUUUCCAAAGUCACAACACAGACGCUGGAUUGCUAUACUACUGUAGCUGAGCUGUGCCAGUUCAAAAAGCCGGCAACCCAUUGCCCAAGGAUUUAUUGCCCAGCCCACUGUAAGGACGAGCCAUCAUACUGGGCACCAGUGUUUGGCACAAACGUUUAUGCAGAUAGCUCCAGUAUCUGCAAAACUGCUGUGCAUGCAGGAGUCAUUCCAGAUGAAAGAGGUGGUUUUGUGGAUGUGAUGCCUGUAGAAAAGAAGAAAAGUUAUGUUGGCUCCCUAAAGAACGGAGUCCAGUCUGAGAGCUUAAAGAAUCCUGCUGAUGGAAACGCCUUCCGGAUUUUUGCUGUGAAGCAGUAAAUUCCCAAGGAAGGUCCAGUUCUCUUUUGGAGAGUGCUCUGUUGAUCUCCAGAGACAGGAAAGCUCCUCUGACAGCGUCAGCUCUGACUGUACCCUCCUUGCUGAUCUCUUUCAGGGAAUUCAAAAAGAAAAUGGGGAAAAAAAAAAAAAAAAGACAAAAAAAAAAAGACACCAGGUUCUGACUCAGCUGUUCGCAUCUCAUCACACCCGUUCAGCGUUGUAUCUUUUUAUGUUUUCGUUUCUCUAGGGGCAUUCAGCAAUGAUAAACUGUUCUAACUUUCAAUUUACAAGAGGUGUGCUACACAGAAUGACAGUAGCUUAAUGUAUGUUAGACGUAGGGAUCUUGGCCUGGCCCUGGAAGGCAUUUUUAGGGUGCGAAGCAUCUACUGCAACUGGUGUGAGGAUGUGCACGCUGCUGAGCAGACUUGGAAGUGAGCGAUUGUCCAGGUGCUGGAUCCUUUGAAAUGAGAAACUGUUUGAGAAGUUGCAUCUUUUGGGGAGAGACUGGGCUUUGAUAGAGAGGUUUUGUGUAUGUAUGAUGUUUUGUGUGCAACAGAAGAGAAAAUUUGGUCUUUUCCCAACGAGGUGGUAUGCAUCAGCACUGCUGUGUAAGGCUGCUGGGGCAUCACGCUAGGCUAUGUUGUAUGAUUGUGUCGCGUUUGGGGAGAGGAUGUUCUUGUCGGUUGGAUGUCAAGGUUUUUUGGGGAUAUUAGUAAAGUGUGAAAUGGUGGCAGAGAGCCUUGCUGCAGAAAAUAAGGCCACCAGAUAAUCAAAACAGCAAGUUUAGUGUUUGCUGGUCAAACAUUCACAGGUAUUUUGCAAGUCUGGCAACCUAUGAGAAGUCAGUGAAUUGGGGCUCCUGUGCUGGCACAUCUCAUCCUAUACUACACGUCAUUUCACAUAAAAUUUCAGUUAAAUGCAGUGUAUUGUUUUAUACAGCAGUGCUGGUUGUUUUAUCUGUAGUAGUUAAAUAGUGAUAAAGUUAAUCUUAUUUCUGCUAGGAAUGGGUGCAGCUGUAGGAAGCAUGUUCACUUCCCCUUUGUGAAGCUUUUUGUGGUGUGUGCAGUUCUGAGACUUUGAAGUUAUGACAUAAAUUGGGUUAGAUUUACUUUUCCCUUUCAAUUUGUGAAACCAACAGAUCCCCACUGUCAGAGUAAAUGCUGUACCAAAGAGCAUUUGAUAGCCAGGAUGAUAGGUUUUGCAAAGUCCAGAUGUGUUGUAACGAUGUUAUUCCAUAUUUUGUUAUUUACAUCUCAACAUGCACCCAACUGGAUUCCAAAGCCAACAGAAGAGCCUAGUAUGACUUGCUCUCUUAAGGCUGGAGAGUAUUCUCUGCUUUAUAUUGGAAAUGAAUUUUUACAAUUGGUCCAAACAUAAAUCUGGUUGUAACUUCAUUAGUCAUAAGAAGGCAACUUAAACUUUAA